AUGCUUCUAGAAUGCCUAGCCAACCCAAGCAUUACGUCCAUUGUGGCCUUGUCCCGCCGCGAACUUGACAUCACCAAUAGCAAGCUUGACGUGUAUAUCAUGAAGGAUGAAGAUUUUCUUCACUACUCGGACUCUUCGUUAACGGAAAAACUGAAAGGCGCAAAAGCGUAUAUUUGGUCGCUAGGGAUCACACUUUCAAAAGGAACGGGUAACCCGAGAGAUCGUGUCAUUUCCAUCGAUUACACAGCUGCUGCAGCGGCGGCAUUUCAGAAUGCCUUCCUUUCGGGUUCCAGCGCUUCGCGUGCACCAGGAGACAAGUUCCGGUUUGUCUACAUUAGCGGCUCCGGUGUUGAACGGGAUCAAGAGAGGCCGGGUAAGGCCCCGCGAAAGCGAAACGAGACCUCCGAUGUCCCAUUCUCAAUGACACUCCACUAA